AUGACCCUACUCCCAUUGCAAGAAGCCAAAGGUGGGCUUUGUUGGAAUGGGAUGUUCAAGUCUAUGGUGGUUGUAUAUGACUGUUCAUAUGAGGAUUCCUUCGAAAAGAAGCACAGGCUAGGACACGCAAUGAAUAUGUACAAAACUACUAGAGAUCCGCCGACGCCCAGAGGGCUCGAGAUCAGGCUUCCACUCUUGCAACAUCUAGCUGCUGUCGAAUACCAGUUUGAGCACGAGGAUGGCCUUGCAUUGCCAGGGAUCUCCACACUUCUGGUGGCCACCAAUAGAUUUUGCAGCAGAGAUUCUUUAGUCACCCUAGGCAUACAAUGGCAUUUCAUCGAAACCGAUGAUGAAGAUCCUCUUGCAUAUUACAUAUCAGAGCCGCCUAUCUCAUGGGAACAGGACCCACCAACAUUUGAAGAAGCAGCCGAUGAGAAAGUUCGACAUUUCGUGGGCUGGUACGAGAGAGCAGACAUUAGGCUGGGCAAAGAGGCGCCUCCGCUCAAUAUCUGUCAUUCAAGAUUGGAAAGAGCGGGUCCAAGACCAAAGUUGAAAGGCUUCAAUCUUGGAGGCAGUGGAGGCCAGUAUUUCACAGUGAGCGGCGGCAUGACGUAUGAGUUCCAGGAAGAUACUGUGAAGUGUGGCACAAGAGCAAGUGCAUUGCCGGAGGUGAUUGAAAAGGCGAACAAGGCACCAGUGAUUCUGUAUGAUGCCACAGAAAAGCGAGGUUGGCUUGUUCCAAAGUUACUUGUUCUCCUAGCGAUGAUAACUGUCUAUUUGAGGGAGUUCGGGUAUGAAGGACUACCACCUCUUGCUGGCAAGAGGUUUUCCGAAACCAGAAAUAACAUUCUUCAGCAUACCAUGCAGGGUUUCUCACCAGUGGGCCCACUUGACAAGGAGACAUCCGAGAAAAAUAGCAUCUUCUUUCUCGACCUCUUUUUGGAGUUGUAUCAUGAAAUAACAACAGCCCAAGCACAUUCCUUCCUAACGCGUUCAAAACUCCAAAAACUUUGCGGAAGAAACUCAGUUUUUGGAUUUGACUUUUUGGAGAUGGCUAGAAAGGGCAACGAGUCUGACCAGUACGGUAUUUAUAAGACAGCCCUCGAUGAGCAUCACGGUGGCUGGAUAAAGCUCAUAGAUGAUCGAAUAAUUCCGGGCGUCAUAUUUUGCAGUGGUUUGGGAGAUAUUAUCCAAUGUGAUUCGAAUCAACUGCGGAAUUGCAACCAUUGUUCAACAAUUCCUCCAGGUCUGUCGUAUCUGGCUGCGGAUGCCUCGUGCCUGGCGAUAAUUUAUGAUAAGGGAGAUAAGCCUGGAUGGGAGUAUAUUGGAAAGAAUUCCGCGGCAGCUUUUCGAAAUUGUGACAGAUGCGACUCUUUCAAUCACCGUCUCCACGCAAUCAGGCCCUCGAAGAUAUCUGAUCAAGUCAUUGCUAAUAUAAGGAAAUUUCCAAAGGGUGCGAUAGUCAUCGGAGAUGCCAUGAAGUCUAAUCUUCCCCAAAGACAUCCACGCUCUUCUAUAAGCUAUCUGUCAGCUAUUCAGGUGCCGAAUGUUUCAUCUCGGAAUGGAGCCAAAAAUGAGACCGAUGUCCCAUCGUCGGUCGCAGGGUAA